AUGUCUCCAUCUGGCUGGCCCCCAUCGCCCCGUGAUCCCCUCCCUCCCACCGACGCCGACAUCAGCGACCUCUGGACUCGAAGCGCCACACUCUCGGAACACUUUCGCUCACACCUGCCAGCGGACGGCGCGGACGGCCCUCACCCGCGAGCGCCGGUAACGCUCACCUCACUUGAAAGGUCACUCCGCUCCGUAAAUCUGGCCGCAAUCUCAAUGCACUCCAUGAAUACCGGCUUCGAGCCGACACUGAGCCUUCUCGGGGCAAUCCGGGCCGUCGUCUCGCUGAAUCGGGACUACAUCGCCGUAGUGGACGCGGUCGAGAGCGGGACCAUCCUCGCGGAGGAGGAGAACGGGCGUCGGUUUCCCGACAGGAGGCCCCACUUCCAAGCCAUCAUCAGACUCCUCCGGUCUCCACUCCGUCCUCCGCGACGCGACGAGGACUUAGGUCACAUCGACGAUCAGAUCCGGGCGGAAUUGAGGUGGCAGGUCCAGGCGUACGGGGCAGCCCUGUCGGAGCAGACGCUGAGACACGAGGAAGAGAUGGGCGGGCGGAUGAGCCAGGCGGAAAACGAUAUCGCGACGCUGGAGGCUAGGGUGGACCGGGGGGAGGACAAUUGCGCAGUUUUCAGAGUGAUAGGACUCCAGUCUGCCCGCAAAAAGACUCGGAUGGAGGCGGAAGAGCAGAAGAAGGGGUUCGAGGCAGGUCUCGCGGCUAUUCGGGAGGAGGCAGACAAGCAGAAGCUGGAGUUCCAGGCUGCGCUGGCCGCGAGCCGGCAGGAGGCGGACCAGCAGCGGGCUCGACUGGACGCCCAGUUCCUUGUCAUCAAGGACAUGGCGGACUCACUCCAGAGGCAGCAGGACGCUUUGGCGGCAAAGGCUCCUCGGUCUCGAGUCGAAAAACCAAGCGAAGCUGCGCCGACUUGGCGGCGGUCGGUGGGAUCCGCUCCAGCCGCCUCAGGCACCGCUGAGGUCGCGGCUGUCGAGCCUACGGCGGAGACGGCGGACGGAGACGUGAUAGGGAGGCGGUCGGUCAAGGUGGAGAUGGACUUGAGGGAGAAGAUCAAGGCGCUGGAGCAGGAGCUGGCCGCCGUGCGUGUCGCGCCGCCGACUCUCCCGCGCGACCUCCCUGCUCCGCCGGCGCCUUUUCCGGACCCCUCGACGAUCGCCAAGGAGCCCGACGCCGCCUCGAGUGUCUUCUGCCCUUCCCCAGCCCCGCUAAGGCAGCCCCAUCCUUAUCCGGCUUUCGCCCACAAUCAUCUCCGUCCACACCUCGGGUAUCCUCCCUACGGCCCGGUUCGAGCAGCACUGGACCGCUCGAGUAACUCAAGGGGGGAGCAAGCGCCUUGA